AUGGCUCGCUUCGCGGAGGAUCUGCCCACCCGCUAUGGAGGGAGCGCGGGCGGCGGGGGCAGGGGCGGCCCGGGCGCCGCCGGCGGCGGCGGCAGAGGGGGCGCCCGGGGCGGCGGCGCUCCGGGCGGACAGAGGAUGUACAAGCAGUCGAUGGCCCAGAGAGCCCGCACCAUGGCCAUCUACAACCCCAACCCCGUCAAGCAGAACUGCUUCACCGUCAACCGCUCCCUCUUCAUCUUCCGAGAGGAUAACCUCAUCAGGAAGUACGCCAAGCGGAUAACGGAGUGGCCUCCAUUCGAGUACAUGAUCCUGGCUACGAUCAUUGCCAACUGCAUCGUCCUGGCCCUGGAGCAGCACCUCCCCGCCAGCGACAAGACGCCCAUGUCCGAGCGCCUGGACGACACAGAGCCCUACUUUAUUGGAAUAUUCUGUUUCGAGGCCGCCAUUAAGAUCAUCGCCCUGGGCUUUGCGUUCCACAAAGGCUCCUACCUCCGCAACGGCUGGAAUGUAAUGGACUUCGUGGUCGUCCUCACAGGCAUCUUGGCCACGGUGGGGUCGGACUUCGACCUGAGAACCCUGCGAGCGGUCAGAGUGCUGAGGCCGCUGAAGCUCGUGUCAGGAAUCCCCAGUCUCCAGGUGGUGUUGAAGUCUAUAAUGAAAGCCAUGGUCCCACUGCUGCAGAUCGGCCUGCUGCUCUUCUUCGCCAUCGUCAUGUUUGCCAUCAUCGGCGUGGAGUUCUACAUGGGCAAAUUCCACACCACCUGCUUCAAGAUCGACACCGGUGAGAGAGCAACCGACUGGCCCUGUGGCGUGGAACCUCCAGCCAGGCUCUGUCCCAACGGCACCCUGUGCAGGGAGUACUGGACCGGACCCAACUUCGGAAUCACAAACUUCGACAACAUCCUGUUCGCCGUGCUGACGGUGUUCCAGUGCAUCACCAUGGAGGGCUGGGUGGACAUCCUCUACAGCACCAAUGACGUUGUGGGAAACACCUGGAACUGGCUCUAUUUCAUCCCCCUCAUCAUCAUCGGCUCGUUCUUCAUGCUCAACCUGGUGCUGGGUGUCCUGUCGGGAGAGUUUGCCAAAGAGCGAGAGCGAGUGGAGAAACGGCAGGAGUUCCUGAAGCUGCGCAGGCAGCAGCAGAUCGAGCGGGAGCUGACCGGCUACCUGGAGUGGAUCUGCAAAGCAGAGGAGGUGUUGCUGGAGGAGGAGGAUGAGAUUGCAGAGGAGAAGUCCCCGCUGGACGGUGCCUGGUACAAGAGGAAGCAGAACCUUCCAGUGCUGAAGCGAGCCAAAGUCAAGAAGGGUAAGAACGACCUGAUCGGCGCCGAGGAGGGGGAGGAUCCCUUCGCCGACAUCUCCUCCGUCGCUCCUCCCGGCUCUCCGUUCGGCCGGGCCAGCGUGAAGAGCAGCGGCAAGAUGGACAGCUCGUCGUACUUCAGACGCAAAGAGAAGCGGACGCGCUUCUUCAUCCGCCGCAUGGUGAAGGCCCAGAGCUUCUACUGGAUCGUCCUGUGCCUGGUGGGCCUCAACACGCUGUGCGUGGCCAUCGUGCACUACGACCAGCCCGAGUGGCUCACCACAGCUCUCUACACGGCGGAGUUUGUGUUCCUGGGUUUGUUUCUGACUGAGAUGAGUUUGAAGAUGUACGGCCUCGGAGCCAGGAACUACUUCCACUCCUCUUUCAACUGCUUUGAUUUCGGGGUGAUCGUGGGAAGUAUUUUCGAGGUGAUCUGGGACAUGAUUAAACCGGGAGCGUCGUUUGGGAUCAGCGUGUUGCGAGCCCUCAGACUGCUCAGGAUCUUCAAAGUCACAAAGUAUUGGAACUCUCUGAGGAACCUGGUGGUUUCUCUCCUGAACUCCAUGAAGUCCAUCAUCAGCCUGCUCUUCCUCCUCUUCCUCUUCAUCGUGGUGUUCGCCCUGCUGGGCAUGCAGCUCUUCGGAGGACAGUUCAACUUUGAAGAUGAGACGCCAACAACCAACUUUGAUACCUUCCCAGCAGCCAUCCUCACCGUGUUCCAGAUUCUGACCGGCGAGGACUGGAACGCCGUCAUGUACCACGGGAUCAAGUCUCAAGGAGGCGUUCACCACGGCAUGUUCUCCUCCAUCUACUUCAUCGUGCUGACGCUCUUUGGAAACUACACCUUGCUGAAUGUCUUCUUGGCCAUCGCUGUGGACAACCUCGCCAAUGCACAGGAGCUGACUAAGGAUGAGGAGGAGCAGGAGGAGGCGGCCAAUAAGAAGCUCGCCCUGCAGAAAGCUUUGGAGGUGAAGGAAGUCAGCCCCAUGUCAGCAGCCAACAUCUCCAUCGCAGCUUUUGUAAAGCAAAAUCGAGAUGCACUCUCUCGCAGGUCGUCCAUCAACAGCAUUCAGUCACCGAGUUACACUGUCUACUCCUCCCCUGCUCGACGUGUCUUGAGCAGCAAAGAUCAGCAGCGCUCGGCCAAGACCAUGUCGGUGUGGGAGCAGAGGACCAACCAGCUGAGGAAGCACAACAUGAGGGCGAGCAGCGAGGCGCUCUUCAACGAGCUGGACCCCGAGGAGCGCCUGCGGAUGUCCAGCGCCCUGCACCUGCACCCCGACAUGAAGACCCACCUGGACCGGCCGCUCAUGGUGGAGGCCAGGAACGGGAACGGGGACGGGGCGCCGGAGGAGGACGGCGUGGGCGACGGCUUCCACGGCCGUCCCAAGAAGCACCACCGGCACUGCGACAGGAACGGCGAGGGCAAGGACGGCGGCGAGGGCCGCGGGGGGAGGCACCACUCCCACCACAGCAGGGCCGACGGGCAUCAGGCCAGAGAGAGGAGGGGGGACGGGCACAGGCACGGGCCCCAGGCGGGCUCCCCGGAGGACGACGCCGCCGCCGGGGAGGAGAAGGGCCACCGCCACCAUCACUCCCACCGUCCAGCCAAGGAGGGCAACGGCAUGCUGGCUAACGGCGCCCACGGCGAGCGCCGGGGCAAAGGGGCAGGAGGGGGCGACGGCAACGGAGAGAGGAAAGGACGCUGCUCCCGCAUGGUCCGGGCUCAGUCCACCCUGAACGGAGACGACUCCAAGAAGAACAACAACGGAACCAGAGGACACAGGGAGAGGCAGACCGACGCCGAGGAGGACGGCCUGGCCGGCAGUCCUCUGCAGCCGAUGCGGAGCGGCCUGAGCCUGGCAGAGAAGCAGGAGGACGCCGACAACCAGAAGAACUCCACCAGGGCCAGCCAGGCCGGCCUCAACAGCAACGCCAUCCACAUUCCCGUCACCAUCACCGCCCCGCCCGGUGAGACCACCGUCAUCCCCAUGAACAACAUCGACAGCUUCCAGCUGAGUGAGGAGAAGAAGGAUCUGGAGGAGGAGGCGGCGGCGAACGGGCCCCGGCAGAUCCUGCCCUACAGCUCCAUGUUCGUCUUUGGACCAACGAACCCCGUGCGACGGCUGUGUCACUACGUGGUCAACCUGCGCUACUUUGAGAUGUGCAUCCUGAUGGUCAUCACCAUGAGCAGCAUCGCCCUGGCAGCCGAGGACCCCGUGCAGGCCAACGCGCCGCGCAACAACGUUCUCAAGUAUCUGGACUACGUCUUCACCGGAGUCUUCACCUUCGAGAUGGUGAUUAAGAUGAUCGACUUGGGACUGCUCCUCCACCCCGGCUCUUAUUUCCGUGACCUGUGGAACAUCCUGGACUUCAUCGUGGUCAGUGGCGCUCUGGUGGCCUUCGCUUGCUCGAGCCUUAUGGGAUCGCAACAGAGCGUGGCCAGGGGGACGAAAGGCAAGGACAUCAACACCAUCAAGUCCCUGAGGGUCCUCCGGGUGCUGCGGCCGCUGAAGACCAUUAAACGGCUGCCCAAGCUGAAGGCCGUGUUCGACUGCGUCGUAAACUCUCUGAAGAACGUCCUCAACAUCCUCAUCGUCUACAUCCUCUUCAUGUUCAUCUUCGCCGUCAUCGCCGUGCAGCUCUUCAAGGGUAAAUUCUUCUACUGCACCGACGAGUCCAAAGGCCUGGAGAAAGACUGCAGGGGUCAGUUUCUGGACUACGACAAGGACGACGUCACGGCUCAACCCAGGGAGUGGAAGAAGUACGAGUUUCACUACGACAACGUUCUCUGGGCCUUCCUGACGCUCUUCACCGUCUCCACUGGGGAGGGCUGGCCACUGGUCCUCAAGCACUCUGUGGACGCCACGUACGAGGACCAGGGCCCCAGCCCCGGCUUCCGCAUGGAGACCUCCAUCUUCUACGUGGUCUACUUCGUGGUCUUCCCCUUCUUCUUCGUCAACAUAUUCGUGGCUCUGAUCAUCAUCACCUUCCAGGAGCAGGGGGACAAGGCCAUGUCGGAGUGCAGCCUGGAGAAGAACGAGAGAGCGUGCAUCGACUUCGCCAUCAACGCCAGGCCGCUGACCAGAUACAUGCCGGAGAACAAGCAGUCCUUCCAGUACAAGAUGUGGAAGUUCGUGGUGUCGCCUCCUUUCGAGUACGCCAUCAUGACGCUGAUCGCCCUCAACACGGUCGUGCUGAUGAUGAAGUUCUACGGAGCUCCGGAUCUGUACGAGUCCAUGCUGAAAUACUUGAACAUCCUCUUCACCAGCCUCUUCACUCUGGAGUGCAUCCUGAAAAUCAUCGCCUUCAAUCCUCUGAACUACCUGAAGGAGCCCUGGAACGUGUUCGACUUCGUGACGGUGAUCGGAAGCAUCACAGACAUUUUAGUCACGGAGAUAAACACGGACAAAAUGAUCAACCUCAGCUUCCUGAGGCUGUUCCGAGCGGCGCGUCUCAUCAAGCUGCUCCGCCAGGGCUACACCAUCCGCAUCCUGCUGUGGACCUUCGUCCAGUCCUUCAAGGCCCUCCCGUACGUCUGCCUCCUCAUCGCCAUGCUCUUCUUCAUCUACGCCAUCAUUGGAAUGCAGGUGUUUGGGAACAUCGAGCUGAACGAAGAAGCCGCCAUCAAUCACCACAACAACUUCCAGACCUUUUUCCAGGCCCUGACUCUUCUCUUCAGGAGCGCCACGGGCGAGGCCUGGCACGAGAUCAUGCUGGCCUGCCUCAGCAACCGGCCCUGCGACCGGCUCUCAGGAACGGCAGAGAAGGAGUGUGGCAGCGACUUCGCCUACUUCUACUUCGUCUCCUUCAUCUUCCUCUGCUCCUUUCUGAUGCUGAACCUCUUCGUCGCUGUCAUCAUGGACAACUUCGAGUACCUGACCCGCGACGCCUCCAUCCUCGGGCCUCAUCACCUGGACGAGUUCAUCCGCGUGUGGGCGGAGUACGACCCCGCGGCCUGCGGGAGGAUUUGCUAUCAGGAUAUGUACAAAUUGUUGCGUUUUAUCUCGCCUCCCCUGGGCCUGGGGAAGAAGUGCCCCAACAGGGUGGCUUAUAAGCGGUUGGUGAGGAUGAACAUGCCAAUCGCGGAUGACAACACGGUGCAUUUCACGUCCACGCUGAUGGCCCUCAUCCGCACCGCCCUGGAGAUCAAACUGGCAUCUGGGGUUCUGGCGCAGCAUUUGUGUGAUGUGGACCUGAAGAGGGAGAUAAACCGAGUGUGGCCCAGCCUCUCGCAGAAGACCGUGGACCUGCUGGUGACGCCGCAUAAAUAUAAUGAGCUGACGGUGGGGAAGGUCUACGCUGCUCUCAUGAUCUUCGACUACUACAAGCAGAACCGCGCCAAGAAGCUCCAGCAGCAGAACUCUGCGGGGGGGCCUCAGAUUGGUAAACUGGGGGCGCUGUUCCGCCCCGUGCUGCCCCUCACUCAGAUAGCAGAGGUCGAACCGCCCUUCCCCAGCCCCCACGCCGCCAAGCAGCCCCUCCCGACAGCCCAGCCGGAGCCAGAGGCCAAAGCGGAGGUCCCGCCCAUCACCGCCAUCACCAGCACGUCGAUCAGCAGGGACGCGAUACUGAGUCAGAGGAGUGCCAUAAAGCAUUCCCAGUCUGGAGAUGUUUCUCAGACAGUACAGAGGCCGAAAACCCGGCGGAAGCUGCAGAGAGGCCAGUCAGAGGAUGUCCAGUAUUCCACGAGACCUCAGGAACAAGUUGAAAUGAAGCAGGUGGAAAACAUUUCUGACACAGAGGGGUAUCCCAGCCUGGAAGGCCACUGCAGAGCCGCCUCUCUGCCCCGCCUCAACGCCGAGUACUACCGGAGCCACCCUCGCCACGCCCCUGGGACCCACCUGGCACCGAUAGUUGAUCUCAGUCCGAUAAGACGCUCGGCAUCCUCGCUGACGCCGCAGUGCCGCCAUCAGGACGUCGGGCUGGGGGAGUACGAUCUAGAGCGGCCCGGUCAGGCAUCCACCGGACCGCCACAGGGCCAGGACAGAGCCCACCACCAUCACCACCACCACCGCUGCCAUCGACGCAGGGACAAGGACAAGGACAAGAAGCAGAAGUCCCUGGACAGAGCGGCGUCGGUGCAGCCGUCCAGUACCGUUGGUUCGUUCACCGACCCCUCGGCCGAGGACUCGUCCAGAGAGCGAGCGAGGGAGCGGGACCGCAGCCGGCCCCAGGAGAGGAGGCACCACUCCUCCGCCGGGGAGAAGCAGCGGUAUUACUCCUGCGAGCGUUACGGCAGCAGGGAGCAGUGCCACGCCAGGUCGGCCGGGCCCAGUCGAUCCACGUCUCCGGGAGAGGGGCAGGACCCGGGCUUCCCCAGACAGCAUGGUAGCAGUGUGGUUAAAGCCCUCCCCUCUGGCGCGACCACACCGGGCCGCGGGCGCCGCCAGCUCCCCCAGACGCCCCUCACCCCCCGACCCGCCGUGGCCUACAAGACCGCCAACUCCUCACCCCUCCAGCCCGGUGCCGGCGCCACCGCCGCUGCCGCGGGGCUCCAGACUCGCUUCAGCCGUGGCCUUUCGGAGCACGACCGCUUGGUCGGGGCCCUCGACGAGUCCCCGAUGCCCGUUACGCGAAUCGGUUCGGACCCGAACUUGAACCGGCAGCAGCAGGACUCCUCUCGCCGGGCGCUCCUCGAGGAAACGGAGGACUUCCAGGACGCCGUGAGCAGCCACGGCGGAGGAGGGGGCGGGCGCGCCGCCAGGACUGCCGCCUCCACCGCCGCCAGCGCCGCCGCCGCGCAGGGCCGGGCAGGGGUGGUGCCCAACGGGUACCACUUCACCGUCGGGGUCAGCUCUGCGUCCGGGAACCGAGCGAGUCUCAGGGAGCGGGAGGAAGACGACUGGUGCUAAACUCGGCAAGGAACUCUGGGAAGAGUUUGCUGUUGAGUAGCGGAUGGAGGGCAGCUUCUGCGGCGCUGCUCAGAGCGCCAGUCGGACCCGGCGCAGCGGUCCAGCGGGAGGCCCGGCGGCUGGCACGGAGCCAGAGAUGCUGAGCAUUUAAAGAGAGUCAGCGGACAGUGCCGUAAAGGGGGAUCAGAUAUCAUUCCAGCUUUGUAGUGUCACUCUCUUUUUAAUAUGAUGACCUCUUUAUGGAAAAAUCACACCAACUGUUUUCUACCCCUUUACUUGCACUGAAAUUAUAGCACAUUUGAAGACCCUCAAGUAUUUUUGCCUUGGCCAGUAAAUCCAGUGGAGCAGAGGACGAAAAAGCCAAAAUCUCCUCGUUCUUUCAGUGAAACUGUGUUUCAGGCUAACCCAAUAGCCUCAGUCCUCACAGAAACAUGGCGGUUUUUUUCUUUUUUUUUUUACAACUGCAGAAUAGUUGGGAUCUUGCAUGAAAUCUCAAGAAAAAAAAAAACAGAUUGCAGUGAUGUGCAAAUUACAAUAAACUCACAUUCAAAAGAGAAUGAAGCAAUGACAGCAGAUCAGAUGUUGGAAUUCUUAAAUGCAUAAACACAACUGCAAGCAGGCAGAAUGUGGUUUGGCAGCGCGUCGAUGAAGUGAGCCACGUUUUCCCCCAAAGUCAUGUUUGAGUGUAAAGUUGCCACAAAGCCUGUAUAUAUUGCAGCUCACCACUCGUGUUGGAUUCUAAACUGAUUACAAGCUGGAAGGUCCUGUAAAACAGUUAAAAAAAGGAAAAGAAAAUGUUGAUCAGUAAAAACACCUCAAGUUAUGUUUAAAUGUAGUUUCUGGACACUGUGAUAGAAUCGUCUCUGUGUCCCUUUUAUGCCCACAUAGUAGAAGAAAUCUCUCCCUCCUCACCUUUACUGCUAAAACCCUUCAUGAACGAUUUAAACCCAAUCAGGACACUGACCACCGAUCAGGUUACCCUAUACCUGCUGGUUUUAUAAUGUGAUACGUGGCUCAGUUCAGUCCGCUCUCGCACUUCACGAGAACAUCCUCAGUUCUUGUUCUGGUCGGGGAACUCUGUGUGGAGUUUGGGUUUUCCUUCUAUUUCCCCCUAGUAUUCAAUCUUCCUCUUCUUCUUUCUUCUUGGUUUGUUUACUGCAUAAUUGCUGUACAUUAAUGAUAAACAGGAAGACGUUAUUCUUGCACAUCAUAGCGGCUGUCACUUGUGGAUUGUGAUAUCGUGCCGUCAAACUUUUUAACAAUUCUAUCCAACUCCAUGAAAUCCAGGUCUGAAAUAUCUGAUAUAUAAAUACAGUUUCCUCCUCACAUCCCAAUUAUUUGAGCUUGUCGCACCAAGUAAAUGUCAAAAACCCCGUCAGCUUCAACAUCCGAUAUGUUGUCUUUCUAUAAAUUUCAGUCAAAUGUGGGUUUGGAACGAUUUGCACAUCAUUGCAUUCUCUCUGUAUUUACAUUUUGAAGAGCGUCCCAGUUGUUUUUUGAGAUGGGGUCAUGUAGAUGUGUCUCAUUUGUUUGUAUGUGAGUGAAAAGUUUGAUCUGCCAAAUUACAACCUCGUCUUGAUUUUUGUCCAUUCACAGUUACUACAGGGUUAUCUCCGAAUUAGGAAUAUGUGGGUCUUAAAUCUUCUGCCAUGAACACCAAAUGAACACAGUAGGUUUAGUCAGGAGCAGAUCUCAACUGGGAUUUGAUCCGAGGUUUCUCAAAUUGUACCAGAUGGGGUCAAAAACGAGUCUUUUUCUGACAUUAAGUGACUAAAUACUAAGUGCCUCGUUUUCCACGAUGUAUUGAAAUGCAGCCUGGCUUUUGGUUUAGAUGGAGAGAGAGCUGGGAUCUUCCAAUUUAAGGUUACAUGGACUGAUCAAAACUUGUUUCAAUCUAGUAUAGAGGACGACUGCAAAAAAAGUCUUUUUUUUUGUAUUGAAUUUUAUGGUAGGUAGGUCUGAAUUAGAGACCCAAAGUCAGCAGUUUAGUGCAUGCCAGGGUUGAAAAAAAAAAUAGUGUCUGUACUUCUUGCUUACGGAUGUGUGGUUAGCGUUUGCCUUUCUCUUUCAAAUCUACUGCCAGACCGAAAACAGUCUCAGAAUGGGGAAAAGUGCCAUUUUUAGAUAAUUUAAUACAGAAUCGAUACACCUGCCUCUUUAAGCAUGCAGUCCAAAUGUCUCACAUCUGCCAUCGUUUGUGACUUGUGUGGCGUUCACAGGUCCAAUAAAGAGUCGGGUUGUUGCUGCUGACUGUUGAAUAAAAGUAGGGCUAUGCAACAAGACGACACUCCAUCCGCCCCGUAGCUUUACCCUUCUGACAUCUCCAGGUUCAGGCUUUAGCGUGACUGAGACCAAAUUUUCAAAUUUGCGUGUGGAGACUUGUAAAUGAUCAAAUGUAUUAUAUGUAAUGUACAGCGAACAUACUAUAAGGCACAGAUUGUCUUGAAGCUGAUAUGCUGUAUGUGAUUUUUUUUGCUUUUUUUUUGAGGCGAGCAAGUUUACUGCAUGACGCCUACUCACCCAGAAACACCCAGUAUACGAAAUGGGGUCUUCUUCCAGACCUUGGGCCGAGUUGUAAUUUCAAUUAAAUUGAGUGGUUUUGAAACUUAAAGGGAUGAAAAAGAAAAACACAGCCAAUAAACAGGUUUUUGUGUGAAAAAAAGUGAUGAGCUAACCCAGCUUUUUUCAUGUUCUUUGUAGACGUCUGCCCAGGACGAGAACAGAGCCUCUUCCCUCCAUGUCAGUGACACAGCUUUGAUUACUUUAAAUAAAAUUAAAUGGGGUGUUUUUCAGUUGUAAGUGCGGUAUUAGAGGUGCAUGGGUCCAUAAUGGUCUUUUUUUUCUCAGUUUGGAGAAAUUUGGGUAUUUGUGCUGCUAAUCUUCAAAGACAGAAGACGGGACUGAUCAACCACAUCCAGUAAUCCAGCUUCAUUCCUUUUGUGUUCUUGAUCCGUUUCCCCUGAGGACACGUAGUACAUUCCUGUUGUAGGUGGCCAGUAUGUGUAUUUUGUCUUCGAUAACUAUCAUUUUCAGAGUUUUAAAUAUAACCAUCUAUUUUUUUAUGCAAAUUUUAUCGCCUGAUGCUAUUUUGGCUUCUAUACCAGUAAAUCCAUUUAUUGAUAAUAUCCAAAUGAACAUCUCAGUUGAGUUUUUAUGCCGAUGAUUCCUUCAUCUUCAUGUGUCAUUCAGUCGCCGUUUCAUGCUUUUCCAAACUGUGGCAGCCGUGCCAGCGCCUACCUGCAACAGCAUUUUUAAUGAGUUACAAAUGCCACAUUUCAGCUUUAAGUAAUCCAAACUAUCCACUGAAUCUCUUCACCUGUCAAUUCCACCUUCCACAGAUUCGAUUUUACGCUAUUUUGUGCUGUAAUUCACCUUAUUCUGCCAGGAUAACGCAACACAUCGACCAUACUCCGACUCUACCUCUUUUUAUUAUAACAUUGUAAAAGGAUAACGCUUCCGAUAACCUGUUUUCUGUUUCUUACAAUUAUCAAGCCUCAAUAUAAGAACGAACCAAAAUGUUUCAGCUCUGCUCAAAUCUCUUGAUAAAGGCCACAAGAAAAUGUCAGAUUUCUUCCUAAAAUGGCUUAAAAAUAGCUACUUAAAGUUUUGAUGUUGCAGUCUUGUAUUAUAUAGUUUUGAAAACUCAGCUGGAAAGGUUGGAUUCAGCGGAUUAGACACUGAAUGUGGUCCAACCUAUGUAAAGAUUCAGUGAUAAUAAAUCAACUUCAAGAUAAGUGCAUGUGGGAAUAAUAAAUCAUGUGAUUGUGCGUAUUAAAAAAAGCAGACACAUUAACUCGUGCUGUUUUAUGGCUGAUAAUGUGUUUUUAAUGGUUUUCCACAGCAGUUGACAUUCUGCAGACACUGAAAACACAAUUUGGCUCAUUUUUCCAAGAUGUGAAGAUUAAAAAAAAAAUGAACAAAUUCAGUGUUUUUCGUCAAGAUGCUCAAUAUGGUUAUAUGUGAUUGUUAAACAGGCAGAGAUUUUGUUCUUAAAUGGACCAUGGUAAUGCUGUUGUGGUCAUGUUCACCUUUAUUAAAAUAUUCAGAUUUAUUUGGACCAUUUUCACUCUUUCUGAUUGAAAGUACAGACCUCGGUGCUCGCUGUCGUUUCCUGGCAAUUGUAGAAUCAUGUAAAUUAUUUCCAAAUAUCUUGUCCGAGUCGGAUUCUUCCCUCAUGUUUUCUUUGUCUCAUUAAUGUGAAAUCUGUUCGAUGGAUCUAACAGGAGACGUUUUAGACUUUGAAGCAGUGAAGUCUGACUGUAGGUGUGGGUCUGGUCUGUGUCAAAGUAUCAAUAGAUUGCCUGUCAUUGUAAGUUGCUGUUUUGGAGCAGUAGACUUGAAGUGUAUUAAAGAAAUAUAUAGAAUCGACAUUUUCAAACCUUUAAUGAGCCCCACGUUUACAGGGUGCCAAUUUCUGUUUUUUUGUUUUGUUUUGUUUUUUGCCCUUUCACAGGUUUUGUGUGGCUGCCCCCCCUCUCAACAUGUCCUGUUUGCAUGUUCUGAAAAGAAAAUUUGCAUGUGAAAAAAAGAACAACAAAAAGAAAACAAACAAAAAAAGGAACUGAGGAAUUGUUUGGCUUCACUAAGGUCAUGAUUUGUAUGAUUUAUUUUCUGGUGGUAUUUUCUAUCUUCUAUCUAAACACACAAAUGUAUCGAUUUCAGGUAAAACAGAAGAAAAAAGAAAAACAAACAAAAAAAGGCUUGAAUAUUGUUUUUUUUCUCUCACAGAACCACCAAAGUGGAAACAAGCUGUUUCUGAGAAAAAGAGGUUCUGGAGUGGCUGAAUCCUUCGCUGCCUGAUCUGUUACUUGACUGUCUCUCCCACAGUCAUUUGGACUGUACCUAUAGAUUUUUGUAUGAAUAUAAGUCCUUGAAUAAAGAGGUAUGAUGAUGAUAUUGCAA